AUGAAGAUUAUAGAGACUAGAGAUUCUUUCCUUAGUGACUAUGAGGUGUUGCAAUUUCUUUCCGGUCUGGAAAGAAAGCAUCUUUGGGAUGAAGAAACUUUAAAAUUACAUCAAAAGGAUAGAAAGAAAAGAGCACAGACCAAGAGACCAUACAACCAUCCAGCAUUACAAGCGAUCACCAGAGAUGCAAUCUCAUUUCUCAAGAUGAACAAAAAUUAUGUGCCACAAGAAGAUGAAGUUGAAGAAGAAAGGACAGAACAUGAAAAGUCUCCACUUUGUAGGUUAAACGAUAAGACAUUCAGUGAAUUUGUCCUAAAACUGAACAAAUUCGAUCUUUUCAAGGCAGAAAAAUUACAAAUAGUGAAUCAACUUCCUGCCAAUAUGGUCCAUUUGUAUUCCAUAGUGGAAGAAUGUGAUUCUAGAUUUAGCGAAGAACAAAUAGAUGAAAUUCUUGAAAUAGUCAAAGAAUACUCACAGAUAUGA